CUCGCUUUUCGUCGCGCUCGCUCCCGCGCUCUUUCCUGUGCUCCCGCCCGCUUCGCUUCCGCUUUUCCGGGGAGCUGGGCCCGGCCCGAACCCGACUGCUCCUGCAGCUUCGGGGAGUCCGGGGGGCUCCGGGCCCACAGGAUGUGGCUGAGCCCGGAGGAGGUGCUGGUGGCGAAUGCGCUGUGGGUGACAGAGCGCGCCAAUCCCUUCUUCCUGCUGCAGCGGCGCCGCGGCCACGGCAAGGGAGGCGGCCUCACGGGUCUUCUUGUGGGUACCCUGGAUGUUGUCUUGGAUUCCAGUGCCAGAGUUGCCCCGUAUCGAAUCCUUCACCAGACUCAGGACUCUCAGAUCUAUUGGGCCGUCGCCUGUGGUUCUUCCCGUAAGGAAAUCACAAAACAUUGGGAAUGGCUGGAAAAUAACUUGCUGCAGACAUUGUCCAUCUUUGAGAAUGAAGAAGACAUCACUACCUUCGUCAAGGGCAAGAUACAUGGCAUCAUUGCUGAAGAAAACAAGAACCUGCAGCCUCAGGGAGAUGAGGAUCCAGGAAAAUUUAAAGAGGCAGAACUCAAGAUGAGGAAACAGUUUGGAAUGCCUGAAGGGGAGAAGCUGGUCAAUUACUAUUCCUGCAGCUACUGGAAGGGACGGGUGCCCAGGCAGGGAUGGUUGUACCUGACUGUCAACCACCUUUGUUUCUACUCCUUCCUUUUGGGCAAAGAAGUAACCUUGGUGGUCCAGUGGGUGGAUGUAACCGAGCUGGAGAAGAAUGCCACCCUGCUAUUCCCUGAGUGCAUCAAAGUUAACACCAGGGACAAGGAGCUGUACUUCUCCAUGUUCCUCAACAUCAACGAGACCUUCAAGCUUAUGGAGCAAUUGGCCAAUAUUGCCAUGCGACAACUACUGGACAAUGAAGGCUUCCUGGAGGACAAGUCCCUCCCCAAGCCUGUUAGGCCUCUUAAAAACAUCUCUGCUUUAAAAAGAGAUCUGGAUGCCAGGGCCAAAAAUGAAUGCUACAGGGCAAUGUUCCGAUUGCCAAAGGAUGAACGGCUGGAUGGACACACUGACUGUACCUUGUGGACCCCAUUCAAUAAGAUGCAUAUCCCUGGCCAGAUGUUCAUCUCCAACAAUUAUAUUUGCUUUGCCAGCAAAGAAGAGGAGGCAUGUUAUCUCAUAAUACCACUGAGAGAGGUGACAGUGGUUGAAAAAGCUGACAGCUCCAGCGUGUUACCAAGCCCACUGUCUAUUAGCACCAAAAGUAAAAUGACCUUCUUGUUUGCCAAUCUGAAGGACCGAGAUUUUUUAGUCCAGAGAAUCUCAGAUUUCCUUCAGAAAACAUCAGCAAAGAAGCCACGUGCUAGCAGCAGAGAGAAAGCCGGGGUCCCAGACCCAGCACAAGGCCAGGAGAACAGUGAUCUGCCUGCCAGCCCGUCCUCCAACCUCAGCAGUCAGCUGACCUCCUUCUUGGAGGAGGCUCCAACUGCUUCUCAUGGACUUCUCAAACUUUUUCAAAAAAACUCAUCCACAGAGUUUCUUGGACCCAAGGGGGCAAAGGAGAAGAUGAAGGAAGAAUCUUGGAAUAUUCACUUCUUUGAAUAUGGACGUGGCAUGUGCAUGUAUCGUACAGCAAAGACCCGGGAGCUGGUCUUAAAGGGUAUCCCUGAGAGCCUCCGUGGAGAACUCUGGCUCCUGUUCUCAGGUGCCUGGAAUGAAAUGGUGACCCAUCCCGGAUACUAUGCUGACCUGGUGGAGAAAUCCAUGGGCAAGCAAAGUCUUGCAGCUGAAGAAAUCGAAAGAGAUCUGCACCGUUCCAUGCCUGAGCAUCCAGCCUUCCAGAAUGCAAUGGGCAUCGCUGCCCUCCGGCGAGUGCUGACGGCAUAUGCCUUCCGAAACCCAACGAUUGGAUACUGCCAGGCUAUGAACAUUGUGACGUCAGUGCUGCUUCUGUACGGCAAUGAGGAAGAGGCUUUCUGGCUGCUGGUGGCGCUCUGUGAGCGGAUGCUGCCUGACUACUACAACACCAGGGUGGUAGGUGCACUUGUGGACCAAGGCAUCUUUGAAGAGCUUACCCGGGAAUUCUUGCCUCAGCUCUCGGAGAAGAUGCAGGACCUAGGGGUUAUUUCCACCAUCUCCCUAUCCUGGUUUCUUACUCUCUUCCUCAGUGUCAUGCCCUUUGAAAGUGCUGUGGUCAUUGUUGACUGUUUCUUCUACGAGGGCAUCAAGCUCAUUUUGCAGGUCUCCUUGGCCAUCCUGGAUGCCAACAUGGAGCAGCUGUUGAAUUGCAGUGAUGAAGGUGAAGCCAUGACAGUUCUGGGCAGAUACCUGGAUAAUGUGGUGAAUAAGCAAAGUGUUUCUCCCCCUAUCCCACACCUACAUGCCUUACUCACCAGUGGGGAUGAGCCUCCUCCUGAGAUUGAUAUUUUUGAACUCUUGAAAACAUCCUAUGAGAAAUUUAGCAGUUUAAGAGGGGAUGACAUCGAACAGAUGCGGUUUAAGCAAAGACUAAAAGUCAUCCAGUCCUUGGAGGACACAGCCAAAAGGAGUGUGGUCCGAGCUAUAUCUAGUGACAUUGGCUUUUCCAUGGAAGAGUUAGAAGAACUUUACAUGUUGUUUAAGGCCAAAUACCUGAUGAGCUGUUACUGGGGAAAUAACCGCAUGGCAGCCAUCCGCAGGGACCAGAGCCUCCCCUAUCUGGAGCAGUACAGAAUUGAUGGGAACCAGUUCAGGGAGCUAUUUGUCAGCUUGACCCCCUGGGCCUGUGGCUCUCACACCCCAGUGCUGGCCGGACGGAUGUUCAGACUUCUGGAUGAAAACAAGGACUCUCUCAUCAACUUCAAGGAGUUUGUGACUGGGAUGAGUGGGAUGUAUCAUGGGGACCUGACAGAGAAGCUCAAAGUUCUCUACAAGCUGCACCUUCCACCAGCCCUGAGCACAGAGGAAGCAGAGUCAGCUCUGGAGGCGGCACACUACUUCCCAGAAGACCUCUCUGCAGAAGUAUCUCCUUUUGUCUCAGACCUGGAUCUCUUCCUGCACUGUGAGACUCCAGAAGCAGCAUCUCCUGAGGAGAAAGAAGGAAGUAGAAAUGGAGACUUCAAAGAUAAAAGAGAAGAGAAGGGAGCCAACUCCCCAGACUAUAGGUACUAUCUUCAAAUGUGGGCCAGCGAGAAAGAGUCCAAGAAAGAAACUAUUAAGGACCUUCCCAAAAUGAGCCAGGAGCAAUUUAUUGAAUUGUGCAAGACCCUUUAUAAUAUGUUCAGCGAGGAUCCGGUAGAACAGGAGCUCUAUCAUGCCAUCGCCACUGUGGCCAGCCUCCUUCUCCGAAUUGGAGAAGUUGGCAAGAAAUUCUCCAGCCGGCCCCAGAAAAAGCCAGAGGGCACCUCAGCCAGCAAUGAACAGGACUUGACAAGUGAGGAAGAGUCUCUCCCAUCAGAACACAGGCAGAGCUCCACUGGGGAGCAGCAUUCCCCUGUGGACCCAGAACAUAAAGCUGGGGGAGACAUGCAGUCUGGAAAGAUGCUGCGGGAGAACCAGCUUGUAAGUGAGGAGGGGCGAGGAGAAGGGCAGGGCUCUCCCUCCCAGCUGUUGUCAGAUGAUGAAACCAAAGACGACAUGUCUAUGUCUUCCUAUUCCAUGGUGAGCACCAGCUCCUUGCAGUGUGAAGACAUUGCUGAUGAUACCGUGCUGGUGGGGUGUGAAGCAGGCAGUCCAGCCUCCAGGUAUGGCAGCACCAUUGAUACGGAUUGGUCCAUAUCCUUCGAGCAGAUCUUGGCUUCCAUACUUACAGAGACUGCGCUGGUGAACUUCUUUGAAAAAAAGGUGGAUGUUGGCCUGAAGAUCAAGGAUCAGAAGAAGAUGGAAAGGCAGUUCAGCUCAUCCAGUGACUAUGAACUCUCCUCCAUUUCAGGCUGACCCUCAUGGGAAUGAACAGUAAGGGUUUAGAAGGUAAAUUGGGUGAGAAUUGGUCCAUUUGUGGCACAAGAUGGGAGAAUUUUUUUUAAAUUUUAACAGACAAGCCCAAAAUUCUCUACAACACUCAGUGACAGGCAUAAUUGAAAAGGAAGGGCUUUUCCCAAGUGGCUGAUGAACAUAGACACCUUGCUUCUCUGGCCAAAAUUAUUUGGGGCCCAGAGGAACAAAACUGUUGUAAUCUUAAUGCUAGCAGAAACUCCUGCUGCCAAGGCUCAGAGAACCACACAGUAAAUUAUGCAUGUCUGCCUCUGCUUGUAUAAUUUUCAGGAGUCAUUAUUAAAGCAGUGUUUGUUUGGGGUGCAGCUGCCCUCUCCAUACCCUGCCUUCACAGGUUCCUGGGUGAUUUUGCACAAAGGACGUAGCUUAGUGGGAAACCGUCUCCUCCCUGCCCCUUUGGCCACCUGCCUCUAAGCUACCACACCGUAUAAAUGCCACAGGGCACUGGCCUCCAAAGGCCAACUCCCAGGACCACUGCCGUAACGCAGCAAGCCUGCUCUGGUUCAUUUGUCCCUAUGCUACAGGUUACCGGUUCAGUCUUCAGUUCCUGGUUUCAGUGACCUACAGGUACAGCUCUGGUUGGGCUGUCACUUAGCCUUUUGCCAGGAGAUAGGUUUUGGUUUUAACUCUUCGUAUGUGAGUUAGGUGCUAAAAUCAUCCAUCCCUUCAGGUUGCUCUGUAGAGAGGGCAGAGCUCACUGAGGUUGAAACCUGAGGGAAGGUAGAGAGGAGUUUCUUAAAAGUAGGCCUCCGAACUGGCAGGAGGGGCAGACGUAAUUCCUGCUGCUUUCAUCAUUAUCUAUUUCAUUUCUUUCACUAUUAACAUUUAAAAGAGCACCAGAUGUUUCUUGUUUUAUCUUCUUUUAGUCAUUUAAAUUUGCUUAAAAGUGAAUCACUGUUCAGUGCCUACCUUAUAACAUGCCCUGAAAGGAGAGUGCUGCCCCUCCCAGUAUGUGGUAUGAAAGCCCAGAGCCAGCACGCUUCAGCAGCUUCCAGAGCGAAGCCUGCUGCAGAAGGAACCCCUGCCCUGUAGGCCCCUCUAGGGGAGAGGGGAGUUCUGCAGACAGCUGAAAUGGGUUCAGGAAGAGCUGUGUCAUUCCAGCCCACACAGGCUCCUCCCAAGCUCGUCCGUGACUAAGAAAGACCUGGUGCUCUUCCUCACCUGGAAGAAAGAGACAGACAACGAAAUUCCGGUUCUUCUUCCUAUAGAGCCAGGCGUGGAGAGGGAGGGAGGGAGGGAGGGAAGGGUCUGGCUCUGAUUUAACCCACUACAGAAGGUCUUGUGUGAGGAAGUUUUGGAAGGCAGGAAUAAAGUCUUCAGUGUAGGGCCCUCCAUGGCCUUUCCCCAAGACGGAUGCCACCCCAGAUGUCCUUGGCUUCUUCCUUCUGCCUCCUCAGCUAUGGCCAGAAAUCCUCCUGCUUUUUACUAAAUGUUGUAACUUAUUGUAAUUGAUUUUAAAAUAAAAAUACUCUACAUGGUC